GGCUGGUUACUUGCGCUGAAAAUGACCCUGCCUCUCCGCCGUGUAGGAAUGGCCACGACUGGGAACCUUUCUGAAGAGCAGGUGCACUGCUCCAUCUGUCUUGACGUCUUCACCAACCCCGUUUCCAUCCCUUGCGGACACAACUUUUGCCAGAGUUGCAUUCUGGGAUACUGGAAAACCAGUCCUUUGAACCAGUGUCCUAUGUGCAAGAAGUCCUUCAACAAAAGGCCAGAUAUUAGCAUCAACACGGUGCUGAGAGAAAUCGCCGAACAGUUCAAGGAGAUUCGGGUCAAAGGUGUGGAAGGAAGGGUGAGCGAGGAGGACGAAGAGGAAGAAAAAGUGGGAAAGGAGAAGAAGUGGACAAUGGACAGAAGGAAAAAGGAGGAUGAGGAGAGGCUUUUGGAGGAGGAUAAGAAGGAGCAGCUUCUGGCGGAGCUGAAGCAGAAGCAAGAGGAGAAGAGAAAGAAAGAGAAUCCACCACAACCACCAGAGGACCUACCUCCACUCAUCCCCCCAGCCUCUGCACCUCAGACGUCCCCUCCACCCUCACCCAUGUCCACGGCAUCACCCCAAAUCCCACCUCGGCGUCCACCACCAGUGCCAAAGACAUCACCUCCACCUUCACCCCUAAUGUCUUCUUUACCUACUCCUCCAACCUCAGCUCCACCUUCUUCCCCAUCACCACCUACUCCUCCUCCGUCAUGGGAGGAGGUCCUAUGUGAUGUUUGCCUCGGGGAAGGUAGGCCAAAAGCCGUCAAAUCAUGCCUGGUGUGUCUGACCUCCUACUGCGAGGAGCAUCUGAAAUCUCACACUGCCAGGUUCACCAAACACAAGCUGAUGGAGCCGGUGGCAAACAUGGAAGACAGGAUGUGUCCAAAGCACGAAAGGCUCCUGGAACUGUUCUGCAAGAAGGACCAGACCUGCGUAUGUGUCCUCUGCACUGAGACGGACCACAGGGCGCAUUACACUGUCCCAGUGGAGAGAGAAUGGACCGACAAAAAGGCGCUGCUGAAGAGGACAGAAAUAGACGUUCAGCAGAUGAUCCAAGACAGGGUGAAGAAGGUGGAGGAGAUCAAACACUCUGUGGAGCUCAACAAAGCUAGUGCUCAGAAGGAGAUCGAGGAGAGCAUGCAGGUGUUCUCUGAGCUGGUGCGCUCCAUCCAGCGGACCCAGGCCCAACUGGUUUUGGCCGUAGAGGAAAAGCAGAGACAGACAGAGACCAGAGCUGAUGGCCUCAUCGCCGAACUGGAGCAGGAGAUUGCUGAGCUGAAGAAGAGGAACACUGACCUGGAAAACGUGGCUCGGGCCGACCACAUCCACUUCUUAAAGAGUUUCCCUGCUCUGAACACUCCUCCAUAUGUCAAAGACUGGUCGGACACUCGUGUACCCACUGAUACAUGUGUCGGCAUGAUCAGGAGAUCUGUGUCUAACCUGGAGGCGACGUUAAACGAAACCAUCGACAAACUGGCUGACAGCGAGAUCAAAAAGAUUGCGAAAUAUUCAGUGGACAUCGUUCUGGACCCGGACACGGCCAACCCCUGGCUGCAGCUCUCCCAGGACAGACGUCAAGUGAGACACCUGGGGGCGUGGCAGGACCUCCCAGACCACCCCGACCGCUUCGACACGGUGGUCAUCGUCGUGGGCCGUGACGGCUUCACCUCAGGGAGACAUUACUGGGAGGUCCAGGUGGGGGACAAGGACGACUGGUACCUGGGCGUGGCUAAGUCGUCUGUCAACAGAAAGGGGCGGAUCUCUGUGAGCACCACCCAAGGCUAUUGGGCUCUAGCCAUGAAGAAAGGUCAGGGUUACCGGGCGUCGACAUCCCCGCCGUUACUGCUCGCUCUUAACCCCAAACCCAAACGAGUGGGUGUGUAUGUGGACUACGAGGAGGGGCAAGUGUCCUUUUAUGAUGUAAAGGCUCGGACCCAUAUUUACACCUUCAAUGAUUCAUUCACAGAGAAGCUCUUGCCUUUUUUCUAUUUGUACUGCUGUGACAAAGCCUCUGAUACCAUUGUAAUCUGUCCCGCCAAUGAGAAAAACCUGAUAAAACAAAGCUAAGGACAAACAAACACACACAACAACCGGAAAAUACUGCCUAUUCACCAGGAUAAAAUGUCACCUUUGGAUAUUUCUGCAAACUGUAACCCAUAGAUCAUCUGAAUGAGCUUUAUUCAUAGGCACAAAUCUGCACUUGAAGU